AUGAUGCAGAAAGCUUCAUUCCUCGACUUCCCUCAAGAGAUUCAGCUCCAAGUUGCGGAGUGCCUUCCACAAAAUCUCCUAGGAAGGCUUUCCACGACGUGUCGGUCGCUGAACAGUCUUGUAGAACCUCUGCUUUAUUCCACGAUCCAGAUAUCAUGGUAUCGAGUAUACCACGCACCCGUCCUGCAAUCCCUCGGUUUGAUUCGAACACUACUCGCAAGACCAGAGCUUUGCAACUACGUCCGAAGCCUGGAAUUCGUUGGUGAAGACCACAUUGACCGUGACGACCCUCCAUGGCCAGGUGAAACCCCGGAGCCACCCCGCGUUCCCGUGCCUCCUCUUGAUCGUCUUGCUACAACUAUUGAGGCGACGGGCGUUGAAGAGACUACUGCGGUCAGUUGGAUCAAUAACGUUCUGUACUGCGAUGCAUAUGCGUACUUGGACGUGCCGGAGAGCCGCGACCUGUACACUAUCCGUAAAGUCCACGAAAAAUGGGCUGAUGGUACUAUGGCUCUGCUUCUAUGUCUUCUUCCAAAUCUCGCCAAAUUCUCUGCAUCUAUAAAUUGGACUGAGGAUUCGCGGACAUUGGAGGCGAUAUUUUUAUUGUAUGUCUGUCCUACAACUGAAGAUCGGCCCUUUCCAGAUCUUCAGUCUUUGGAAGAUGUAUCAAUCGCAUCUACCAUCGAAACCGAUCCAAACCUCGAUCCAAAAAACACUGCAGAGGCACUUUCGGCAUUCUACCUACCCAAGCUCCGGAGUCUUUCAGUUUCAAUCGGCAACCCCAUCCAGUUCGCCUGGCCAGGACCUUCGUCUCCCGACCCUGCUUUCUUAACGUCGUUGGACAUCUACAGGCUACGAGAAUGUUACCUUGCUCCCAUCUUAUCUGUGGCAAAAGGCCUCAAGCGACUGCGGUAUGACUGGCAUCAUCGCCCCGAUCUUGACGAACAUGUCAACAUAGACACUGUUAUGCUUGACACCAUGGCAGAAGCAUUCUUGGAGGUCAGUGACACGCUUGAGGAAUUACAUGUCACAGCUUGGGUAGCACCUGCGAUGUCACAAGGCGAGUACGAGCCCCCAGAUAUCACGUUCCGAAAUACUUUGGCACAAAUUUCAAGAAUGAAAAAGCUCAAGACAUUGCACGUUCCAUGGUCAUUCCUCAUUGGGUGGAAUAUUCUUUCCAAAGCCAAGAACAUUGGCCAUACGUUUCCAACCACCCUUCAACACUUGAUCCUGACCCGUGAUCUCAUGGGGGCCCGGCGGCGAGAGAAUCCGGAUAAAGCAAUGGUUUCGGCCCUGGAACGGGAGUUUGAGAAUGGUGCCCCCUUGAACGCGAGAUCCUUAAAGGGUAUCUGUUUGCCUCAAUCGUUCUACUGGCGAGGGGGAUGGUCUAAGGAAUGUCGAGAGAGAUUGGAAGUACUUGGGUCUAGGUCUGGUCUAUCCUUGACCUUUGACACAAGUUUACGAGAGCUCUAG